AUGGGUUCGUCUAUCCGCAUAGUUAAACCUUUUAUCUUCCCUAGAGCUUCAUCUUUCAUUAGAACUUCAGAGGUUUUGUUUUUAGCCAAGAGUUUUACUUUUUCGCCGAUGGUUUCGUCUUUUACUAGGGUUUCGCCUUUUCGCCAGGAUUUUCGGUUUUCAUCUUCUGUCGAUCUUUCUUCACAUAAAGUAGAUUCCUCCUCUAAUGACUAUAUUCGUGAGGAUCCUAUUCUAACGCAUGUAAUAAAUAUGGUUAUGCGAGAUGGAAAAAAAGCACGCGCUCGUCGUUAUAUAGCGGAUGCGUGCCUAGAACUUCGUAAACAAACUAAUAAUGAUCCUCUUGAGAUUAUUAAAGUCGCAAUUGAUAAAACCGCUCCCCUAGCCGGUCUUAUUAGUCGUAAAAAAGGUUCAAAGGUAAUACAAAUUCCAAAACCACUUAAUGAACGACAAAGAAAUCAUAAAGCUAUUAAAUGGAUAUUAGAAGCUUCAGAUAAGAAACCUGGCAAGAAAUUUAGUAUUAGAUUGGCUAAUGAAUUCUUGGCUGUUAUUAAUGGUCAAAGUUUAGCUUUACAAAAGAAGGAACAAUUACACAAAUUGGCACUCACGAAUAGGCAAAACCUACCAGUUAAAUGGUAA